CUAUGGUACCUGAGAGCUGAUGGGAAGCAAAGGUUUGUUGCAAUACAAGUUAUACAGAACUCUGAGCUACGGUGUUUCGCCGUUGGUUUACCUUCACUUGCGCUGGCGUCGCUUCCGGGGCCUCGAACACCCCCACCGUUGGCCGGAGCGUCUCGGUUACCCCUCUCAGCCACGCCCUCCGGGACCUCUCAUCUGGUUUCAUGCUGUAUCAUUAGGUGAAGGAAUGGCAGCCAUUCCUGUAGUCAAGCAGUGCAUUCGGACGAUCCCUAACUUAACUAUAUUGAUGACCACCACAACAAUGUCUGCAUUUCAAGUACUAAACAAUUGGCUUCCAAAUGAUAUCAUUUUCCAGCUUGCACCAGUUGAUGCUCCUGCUUCCAUACAUUCCUUCCUUCAUUACUGGAAACCUCAAGCAAUUGUUCUAAUGGAAAGUGAACUUUGGCCAAAUCUUAUUAUGGAUGCUUCCAAAAAUGGUAUAGCACUUGUACUGUUAAAUGCCCGGAUGUCAAAAAAAUCCUUUAAAGUUUGGUCAAGUCCACUGCUUCUGCCAUUAAUUUCUUUGAUGCUAUCAAAAUUUUCCUUGAUUUGCCCAUUGAGUACAACUCAGGCUAUCCGUUUUCAGCUACUGCAAGCUGCUCCUUUUCUCAUAAACUUUUCUGGUGACCUAAAAUAUGUAGUAGAAGAUUUAGGAGUCAAUGAAGGGCAGAUAACAAAUAUAGACAAACUGAAAGCAAAGCUUGCCUCCUGCCAGGUUUGGAUGGCAUCCUCCAUUCAUAGGGGAGAAGAAAAAGUCAUAUUUGGAGUUCACAGAUUUCUCAUGCAACUGCUGCCUAAUGUAAUCACUAUUAUUGUCCCUCGGCAUCCAAGACAUGGACAAGAGAUUGCUGAAAAAUUGGAGAAAGAAGGACAGGAUGUAGCUUUGAGGUCUCGACAUGAGGAACUUAAGCCAGGAACGCAUAUUUAUGUGGUGGACACUUUGGGCGAGUUGAGACGCAUGUACACAUUGACACCAAUUGCUGUGAUUGGAGGCUCUUUUUCCCCUGGUUUAGCUGGUCAUAAUAUAUCUGAAGCUGCUGCUGCUGGCUGUGCUGUUUUGACAGGCUGCCACAUCGGGCAUUUCUCCCACAUGGUGCAGGAAAUGCAACGACUGAAUCCGUUGUCUGUGCUUCAGGUUUCUGGAAAACUGGAGCUUGAAAAGGCUCUCCUUGAGCUAUUCACAGACGAAGCAGUUUUGGAAGCACGACGUAGGGCUGCAAAAGAGGCAUUUACUCAUUUGUCCUGCGAUGUUCUUGCUAGAAUCUGGAGUUCGUUAGAAUUUCAUAUCUUCAGCAGGCUGUCCGCAGCGGGCAUCGAGAUUCAUGCAAAGACACGACAACAAUGAAUGUGAAAAUGAAAUUUGACCAAUUAAAAGGGACUUCUGAUCUUCCGAAGAUUGAAGAUGCCACAAACAUUCGGGAUAACAUUUAUUUCUUCCUGAUGCGUAGGCAAUCAAACUAAUGCAACUGUAUAUCGUGCGCGCGCGUGUCUGUAUUCAUGGAGGAUUUGUGUGUAGUAUACCCGCUUAAGUAGGGUUUUAGUCAACAGGACUGGCCCGUGUAGGAUUCUUUCACCAUUGCUCCGUGAAAAGUUGGAAACCAGGGGUUUGAUGUAAUCCUCGAAUGUUAUCAACGGAGGGUUUCUAAACUAUCUUAAUUGUCAGAAAAAAUAUAACUUUUAAUUUUUAUA